CAUGAAGCUUGCUGUGGUGAUCAAUUUGAAGCAACUAUCAUAAACUUCACGCGAUGAGCGCACAAGAAAUUCAAGAGGCCGAGGCUAAACGUAUACGACUCGCCCCAACCACCAAAUGGACCGUCGACGCGGUGAAUGCCUUUUCGGAGGCUUCAGCAGCCGAACGGACUAUCUUCCGCGUUCCGCGUGCUGAGCCGGCGGCCGCGCGCGAAAUCCUCGACAAGGUCAUUGCUCUCCAGGCUUCGGCGGCGGCUGGCCUGCUGGGUGUGGGGAGCACGGGCGGAGCCGGUGCAGACGGAGCUGUGGCGGCAACGGGCGAUGCGGCCGAACCAGGCUCAGGGAGCACGGCAGCUGACGGCGUGGACAAUUCCCGGGAGUACGCCACACAGCUCCUCGGGCCGCCUCUGGGCUCGCCUCCGCAUCUGGAUGACCUGCACCGCUUCAUCCAGGGGCCGCCCGCAGCUCAGAUCCCGAUCAGUGUGGAUGCGCUGAGCGCGGUCAGGCUGCCUCCCGCCCUGCAGUCGCACUUCAGGGCCGCCUCGGGUCAGCUUGCCUUUGCCAUAGGGGCGAGCUUGGCGUCGCCACUGCGUCAGGGUGGCUCGGCGGUGGUGUGGACUGUGAUCAUGGAGCACGUGGUGGUGGUGUCACUGCUCCAGGCGCUGGACAACGCGCUGCCAGCGAGCCUCCGCAUCGGACUGGUGGUGGCGCGUGACCAGCAGCUGGACCGCACCUUACACACCAUGACAACAACCAAAUCGCUUGGCGGCUCGCCUGUGCAGCCGGAUGGAUUCUUGCGGGGACAGGACGGCAGGCUGCUGGCGAAAUGGGAGGUCAAGGCAGCAAGCCUGGAAGAGGCGGUCGGGGACCUGCACAAGAAGAUGGCGGCCUGGACGCCGCUGUACUACGGCGACACCGAGUACUUGCCGUGCUUUGCAGCUGCAGGCAGCCAUCUGCAGUUCUAUGCCGUCUCGCGUGCUAGAGGCGGUAUGGCCUCGGCACCGCGCGCCAUCAGCCCCCGGUACAACCUGACCAAUCAUGCCGACCGUGCCGAAGCAGUGAUGGCCACCAUCAAGUUCUACCAGCUUCUCCGCGCGCAGCAGGCGCGGUAUCCGGCGGAUGCGCUGCCCGCUGGCGCUGUGAUGCGUGGUAGCGGCCCUGGAUUCACGCGCGAGCUGCUGUUCCGGACCGACGUGCUGGCGGCUCGGAAGCGGCUGUCACCAUGGUCCGCCUUCGCCUCCUGGUGCGGUGUGGGCUUCACAGCGCUGGCGGGGCUGUACGCCGCCACCGCGCAGCGCCCAGGGCUCGUGCACGCCGUGAUGGGCACGCCCACCCUGCAGGGCGACUUGUACUGUGUGGACCUGACUCCGCUGGGACUGCAGAGCAGCAGCGCGCUGCCCGGCACGGAGGACGAAGCGCGGCUGAUGCUGCACGGCCUGCUGCACGGCCUAGCGGCGAUUCACGAGGCGGGCUUCGUGCACCGCGACCUCCGCUGGGACAACUUCGCGUGCUCCCCGCCGGACUCGCCCACCGGCGGCAGCCGCCGCUGGUUCCUGCUUGACUUGGAGACGUGCGCCCUCGCCGACCAGGCGCCACCGCCAGCCUUCAAGCCGGAUGGCUGGCAGCCCGACACCACCCUGGUGGACGGCCGCUACACGCGCGCGUCGGACCUGUUCCAGCUUGCGUGGGCUGUGCAGGCCGCGUGCUGGCGGGUCGUGGACUCGGCGGAAGGGAAGGCGUUCUUGGAAGCCAUCCUCACUCGCCCCGCCCUGCAGCAGCGCAGUGCGAAGCAGCUGCUGGAACACGAGUGGUUGCAAUGUGUGGACCCCGACGGCAUGUGCUGCAGGGCCGCGGGCGCUUGGCCGGGUGAGCGGUAGUGGGCUGCUGCUGGCGCAGUCGCGCAGCUAGUACCAGCACCAGUGAGCCUCAGUAGCUUAGGUUGGUAACCCUGCUCAGAGGUGACAGCAGAGUGAGUAAAUUCUUGCUGUUACGUGUGCACGGGUGUGGAAGGAAGCGCCAGCGCCAACGUACGGCGAUAGCAUUCUGGGGGCGAAGGCGGCCGACGUGAGCAGCAGGUGGGCAGGCAGCCUGUGGUGUACGGGGCGCAAGCUGCUGCGGGGGCAGGGGCAGGGGCAGGAGCAGCGUCUAAAGGCAGUUGUGGGCUUGCUGUAUGUUUGGGGUUGCCAAUGGCAGCGCUGGCUGGUUCACAAGCAGCACCAGUAUAUGUGCAUGAAGCGGAAUAAAUGAAAUUGAUUGUCGCGAGAUGCGUUCACGUUGCUUGUGCGUGGCUCGCUUGGGUGUAUAAGGCGAUCAGCUGCCUAGAGCGCUGCAUGGGUAGUCGCUGAUGCAGGUGGCGCUAUGGGUCACCUUCAUGGGCGAUGGCGACUUGAGCUCGAGGCUGGCUCACGGGCUCCAGCAGUAGGGGCGCUCCAACUGCUUGUAUUGGAUUGAUAGGUGCAGGAAUCCGGGGCCGUCUAUCUAUAUUCUAUACGCCUUAAGGGCCGGGAUGCUAGCCAUCACUUGAGACUACGCUCCUCAUCACCCUCCGCGGUGCUACGGUGCUGCAGUGCUGCUACGGUGCCGCGUUUGGCUGAACUGCAGCUAUGGUAAAAUGGGAGGCCGACACCAGGUCCAGCAGCGAAUGUGUCUAUGACGCAUGACUGUAACUGGCUUGCAAG